GAGUAUCUCAUUAAUCUGAUAGACUCCCGGCAUGUGGAUUUCUCUUCAGAAGUAUCAAGCGUCCGACUCUGUGAUGGUUGUAUCAUAGUGCUGGAUGCUGUGGAAGGAGUCUGUCCACAGACUCAAGCAGUUCUGCGACAGGCAUGGCGAAAUAUCCGUCCAGUCUUGGUGAUUAAUAAAAUUGAUCGUUUGAUUGUGGAGCUCAAGUUAACUCCUCAGGAAGCAUCCUCACUUAAGAAUAUAUUAGAACAGGUUAAUGCAAUCACUGGAGCUCUUUUCACCUCUAAAGUCCUAGAAGAAAGAGCUGAGAAAGAAACAGAAACUCAAGGGAUUUCAGAUUCUGUACAUGGAGAUCAAGUUUAUGACUGGAGUGCUGGCUUGGAAGAUACUGAUGAUUCACAUCUUUAUUUCUCACCAGACCAGGGGAAUGUGGUAUUUGCCAGUGCAAUUGAUGGCUGGGGCUUUGGCAUUGAGCAUUUUGCAAAACUGUAUAGUCAAAAGAUUGGGAUCAAACAUGCCGUACUUUUGAAGACCUUGUGGGGAGAUUAUUAUCUAAAUACAAAGGCAAAGAAGAUAAUGAAGGGUGAACAGUCAAAAGGAAAGAAACCUCUGUUUGUGCAAUUGGUGUUGGACAAUAUCUGGAGUCUAUAUGAAGCUGUUCUGAAAAGAGACAAAGAGAAAAUAGAUAAAAUUGUCACCUCUUUGGGAUUGAAAAUUGGUGCACGCGAGUCGCGUCAUGCGGAUCCUAAAGUUCACCUCAAUGCCAUUUGCAGUCAAUGGUUACCCAUAUCCCAGGCAGUCCUCUCUAUGGUGUGUAGUAAACUCCCCAGUCCUCUUGAUAUUACUGCUGAGAGGGUAGAGAAGUUGAUGUGUGUUGGAGCUAGAACUUUUGAUUCGCUACCCCCAGAAACUCAAGAACUGAAAAAGAUGUUCAUGAAAUGCAGCAGUGAAGACACAGCCCCAGUCAUUGUCUUUGUUUCCAAAAUGUUUGCAGUUGAUUCUAAAACAUUACCAUGCAACAAACCAAGGUAAGAAAAAUGUACCAUUUGGCCAUCAUCCACAUUGAUAACACUGGGUACCUACAACUAAGGUUCCAUCACUCCAAUGUAACUAAGUUAUAGUGAAAGUUUCGAUAGAUUUCUUUCGAUGUAAGGAAGUUAUUCAUUAUUCUUCUUUGAA